GCAGUGGAAAGCAGGUGUAUGGAGCAGCUCCCGGAGCAGCUUCGGUGCCGCCUGCCUGAAUACGUGGUCCGAGGCUCCCAGGGGUGGGUGCCAGGGAACCUGAGUGCCUGGGGGGACGGAGCGGCUGGCUUCACGCUGCCGGGCUUUCGCUUCCUGCCCCCACCCCACCCACCCAGCACUGACCUGGCCCCCCUGAAGCCUGAAGAGAAUGCCAUUAAGUUCGAGUACAUCGGGCUGGGCGCUGUGGCUGACUGCGUGGAUGUGAACGUGACCGUGGGCGGUACGAGCUGCCAGCACGAGCUCCGGGGGGAUGUGGUCGUCUGCCCCCUGUCUGCCUCCCUGCAGCUUGGCAUGGACGGCGCUCUGCUGCAGGUCUGCGUGGAUGGUGGAUGUCACUUGCUGGGCAGGGUGGCACGGCUGGGCUCCGAGGGGGUCCCGCAGAAGACACUCCUGGGCAUCCUGCUGUCCCUGCUCUUGCUUGUGGCUAUACUGGCCACCGUGCUGAUCCUCAACUCCCAGCGGAGGAAGCAGCUGGCCCUUCCCCUGAACCCCGAGCACCUGGCAUCGUUGGAGCAGACGGGAGCUGUGCCCCUGCCUGUCCUGGGCUCAGGCUCUGACUACAGAGGAGGCUUCGCGCCUGGCACUGACGGGCCGGAUUCCACCCCUCGGGGCCACAAAGCAUGCUGCUCAGACAGUGGGGAUGGGGCCUGCGUCCCACUGCUGCAGACCGAGUCCACCCAGCUUGGGGACCUGGACCCUGCGCUCCUGGCUGAGGUCAAGGACGUGCUGAUUUCCCAUGAACGAGUGGUGACCCACAGUGACCAAGUCAUUGGCAAAGGCCACUUUGGGGUUGUCUACCACGGAGAAUACACAGACGAAGCUCAGAACCGAAUCCACUGUGCCAUCAAGUCACUGAGUCGCAUCACGGAACUGCAGGAGGUGGAGGCCUUCCUGCGUGAGGGGCUGCUCAUGCGUGGUCUGCACCACCCAAACGUGCUGGCCCUCGUCGGUAUUGUGCUGCCCCCUGAAGGGCUGCCCCUUGUGCUGCUGCCCUAUAUGCGCCACGGAGACCUGCUGCAUUUCAUCCGCUCGCCCCAGCGGAACCCCACAGUGAAGGACCUCGUCAGCUUCGGCCUGCAGGUGGCCCGCGGCAUGGAGUACCUAGCUGAACAGAAGUUUGUCCACAGGGACCUGGCUGCUCGGAACUGCAUGCUGGAUGGGUCAUUCACGGUCAAGGUGGCUGACUUCGGCCUGGCCCGCGACAUCCUGGACAAAGAGUACUACAGCGUCCGCCAGCACCGCCACGCUCGCCUGCCUGUCAAAUGGAUGGCGCUGGAGAGCCUGCAGACCUACAGGUUUACCACCAAGUCUGACGUGUGGUCAUUUGGUGUGCUGCUCUGGGAGCUGCUGACACGGGGUGCCCCACCAUACCCCCACAUCGACCCUUUUGACCUCGCUCACUUCCUGGCCCAGGGUCGCCGCCUGCCCCAGCCUGAGUACUGCCCCGAUGCUCUGCUUCCCUCCUGGAAGAUGCGUGAUGAUAACCAUGACGCCUGAGCUGGUCCCUAAGCUAAGCACUUCACACGCAUCCUCCCACGUGUCGGAGGAGGAGCCGGAGGCAGAGAGGCUGAGGGACUUGCCCAAGGUCACAGGGCACAGGAGCCUGAGGCCUUAACCUUGGAGACAACUGGACCGUUACCUGGGCAGGAGGCGGUACUGGAGCAGCAGGCAUGA